GGUGACCUGCUUUCUGACUGCUGCUGUCUAGGAUUAGGCUUAAAGCUCAGACACACACACCAUUCCCAGCACGUACCUUCCAAGCUCAGUCCCACAUUUCCCGUCAGUUGGCGUUCACAGCCAAACGUAGAGCCGUUUCCUGCUCUAGUGCCAAGGAACCUAAAAAAAACCUGGCUGGAAACUGGGAUGAAGUUAGCCAAGGCUAACUUUCAGCUAAACCCCACCGCUAGAGAGACAUGUGAAGACAGCAACGUCUCCGUGAGGACAACGUUUUGUUCUGUUCCGUCGUUUGGAUUUUAUUUUGAUUUUCUAUUCAAAAAGCUGUUUGGUUGAAAUGGAAGCUGGGGUUUGAUCUCGUCGAGAAAUAUGGGAAUAGGGAGCUCCUUUGCACCAAGAUCGGAUCAAAUCUUUACCAUAAGAGUGAGUUUGGCACCGAGGCAGAACCUCCCACGGAUCAUCCUCAAAGGAAUCUUCCAGGGUGUUAAAGUGGUUCGUGGACCGGACUGGGACUGGGGCAACCAAGACGGUGGGGAAGGUAAGGUUGGGAAGGUAGUGGACAUUCGUGGUUGGGACACAGAGUCUGGUCGCAGCGUGGCCAGUGUCACCUGGUCUAAUGGCACAACCAAUGUCUACCGAAUGGGCCACAAGGGCAAAGUAGACCUUAAGUAUGUGUCAGACGGCCAGGGAGGCUUCUACUACAAAGACCACCUACCGAAACUCGGAGAGCACGCAGAGCUGCAGCGCCAGGAGAGCGCCGAUGGCCACUCCUUCCAGCAGGGCGACAAGGUCAAGUGUCUCUUGGAGGUGGACAUCCUGCGACAGAUGCAGGAGGGCCACGGAGGGUGGAACCCCAAAAUGGCAGAGUACAUUUGCCGGAUCGGGACUGUUCAUAGAAUUACUGACCGGGGAGAUGUCAGAGUCCAGUACAGCAACAACAUCCGCUGGACCUUCCAUCCCGGCGCGCUCACCAAGGUGAACACUUUUGGAGUCGGCGAACUAGUAAGAGUCCUGGAGGACAUGGAGAGUGUGAAGAGACUCCAGGCUGGCCAUGGAGAGUGGACAGACAGCAUGACUCCUGUGCUCGGCCAGGUCGGGAAGGUGUUGAAAGUAUAUGCGGAUGGCGACCUACGGGUGGCGUUCGGAGGUCAGACGUGGACGUUCAACCCGGCGUGCCUCUCGGCCCAGCCCGUAGAGGUGGAUGCCAACCUCAUGACAGCAGAGAACCCCAACGAAUCUGGAAGUACUGUCAUCUCAGUGUUGGAGAAGCUGCUGUCUCAGUCCACAGAGCAGGACAAUCCCAGCCGGCUAGUCAUCGAGGCAGCACAAGGCAGUGCCAACAAAGUGCGGGAGCUGGUGCAGAAGUAUCCUGACAAGGUGGAUAUCAAAAACCAGGGCAAGACUGCACUGCAGGUUGCUGCUCAUCAGGGCCACAUGGAGGUGGUGAAGGCCCUGCUGCAGGCCAACAGCUCCAUCGAAGUGAAGGAUGAAGACGGAGACGCAGCGUUACACUACACGGCCUUUGGCAAUCAGGCAGAGAUUGCACGGCUGCUGUUGAGCAAGGGGGCAAACGUUAACCUCCUGAACAACUCCAUGUGCACGGCGCUCCACAUCGCCGUCAACAAGGGCUUCACCGACCUGGUGCGGGUGCUGACCGAACACUCGGCUGACAUCAAUCUCCAGGAUUCGUACGGGGACACGCCACUCCACGACGCCAUCGCUAAAGAUUUCCGAAAUAUCAUCGAGAUCCUGGUCGUGGUGCCCAACAUUGACUUCACCCAGCAGAACCACAGAGGCUUCAACCUGCUGCACCACGCGGCCCUCAAAGGAAACAAACUGGCCACGGAGAAGAUCCUCGGCCGAGCACGGCAGCUGGUGGACGUUAAAAAGGAGGACGGCUUCUCCGCAUUGCAUCUGGCUGCUCUGAACAACCACAGAGAUGUUGCUGAGAUCCUCAUCAAGGAGGGGCGCUGCGACAUCAACAUCCGCAACAACCGCAACCAGACGCCGCUGCAGCUGGCCGUGAUGCAGGGCCACACCGACCUGGUGCAGCUGCUGGUGGCCGAGGGCGCCGACGUCAACAUGGAGGACGAGGACGGCGACACGGCCAUGCACGUGGCUCUGCUCCGCCCGCAGCUGGCCAACGUGGUGCUCAGCCCGGCCGUGGGAACCAGCAGCACCGAGGAGAGCAGCGAGGGCUGUUCGUCCACGUCGCUCUACUGCAGGCUGAACUCUUCGGGUCUUCUGGGGAGCACCGAGCUGAAUGUCGGCACAGCCAUCGCCUGUUUUCUAGCGCAGGAAGGGGCUGACAUCAACUACGCCAACCACAAGGGCAAGAGCCCUCUGGACCUGGUGGCAGACGGCGCCAUGCUGCAGGUCAUCAAAAGCUUUUCGGAGAAGCACAGGUUGCAGCGACUGCAGGCCAUCACAUGUGGUCAGGGCUUGAGCAGUGCCAGCCUGCGGCGGGUCCACACAACGCCCAACACCAUGACCAACCUGGUUCUUCCCACGCCGCCCGGGCCCAGCGAAUGCCUCAUCUGCUCCGAGCUGGCUCUGCUGGUUCUCUUCUGCCCCUGCCAGCACAGUGUGGCCUGUGAAGAAUGUGCCCAUCGCAUGAAGAAGUGCAUCAAAUGCCAGGUCACAAUCACCAAGAAAAUUAGGCAAGACCAAACCGAGGUGGACUGCAGCCCUGGCACCGAGAACUCGGAACAGCACAACUUGCUGGAGCAGCUGCAGUCUCGCUACCGCCAGAUGGAGGAGCGAAUCACCUGCCCCAUCUGCAUCGACAACCACAUCAAGCUGGUCUUCCAGUGCGGACACGCCUCCUGCAUCGACUGCAGCGCUGCACUCAAGACCUGCCCGAUCUGCCGGCAGACCAUCCGCGAGCGGAUCCAGCUGUUCGUCUGAGCUCCUCUCAGCUCUGAACCACCCAAAGAGAAAGCCGGAGGGUGCUGCAGAGAACUUACCGUGGGCACAGGAGGGGGGCAGCUACUGCACUGGACAACCCCGGUGACCUAUAUCAGGCUGUCGCACCAUCUCACACCGACCAUCCGUGAUUGAACAUCCACUCAGCCCAUCGGUUGCUUUACUAGAGAAAUGCUGUGUUACGUCGCUGAGAGUUCACUGUUACAUUUUAGGUAGUUUCCCUCUCGAGCAGUGCAGGCGAGAACAUGUCGAUCACUUUGAUUUUGUUUCAGCACCAGAACUGACACUUAGCCGAGCCCGACCGUAGUCUGACGGAGCUGGGAGGUUACGCUCCCACUUUGAAUGCUCUGAUUGGUAAACUGGGAGACGAAGGUCCCCUCACCUCCACCCGGCCGCCCACAUAGCCUCCACCUCUUGUAAUCUGUCCUAUCUUUGCUGCUUUAAGUGGAUGUCUGUUACCCAUCAUCCUCUCUGGCUUUCUAGCCUCCUCUGUUUACAAGGCUGCACAGAAAUCAGUUCUCGUCUUCUUGCUCCUCAGCCUGUCCUGUGAAUUCUGUUUGCUCUCAUUUGUAUCAAUCUCUUAAUAAUCAGUGUUAGUCUUUGCAGAGGGAGUUGGUAUAACUAAAGGCUCUCUAUAUAGUCCCCAACCACGUGUCUGUAUGCAAGGGGAAAUACACACUAUAUAUGCAUGAAUAUAUGCAUAUUGUAAAGCUGAAAAUGACUGUGUCGUCAUGGGUGGUUCGUCGUCGUCGUUUUAUUUCUCUCUGGUUACAUUUGUGGUUUUUGAUGUACCUCAGAGUACAGAGUUUUAUUUAUGUGUGAAAGAUGGUAUUACUUAGUAAUGUCCUUUAUAAUUUGGUGUUUGCUUGGCAAAAAGUAUUUAGUUUCUACUGAAGUUCACCCCAAGCCUACGUCCUCUACUCAGGGUAUCAAAUCAUUGAAAGCACUUGGGAUAUCCACAAAGGGUUAAAGAACCACACACACACCACCACAGAGCAGCCGUGUGUCCGUUAGGUUUAGUAGAGGGUCACUGAAAGUCGUGGAGUUUCAGUGGAAAUACUCGUUUCACUUUAUUGACCUUCAAGAUUUCCGUCUCAUUAAUGAAAUGAAUUCUGCAAAAACUGUCAUUUUCUCCUAAAAUCCACCGAAGUUCCCAGAAGCACCAGAAGCUUCACGUCAUCUGUCAACAGAUAGAAUCGCUUUGGUCUGUGUGUGUCUGAAGACCCCAAUGAGCUGCAGAUCCUCACCUCCGAGGUGGAUGUUCAUGUCGUGUCACCUCCCAACCACAUGUAUUGUAGGAUAUAGAAUUCAGAAAGGCAAAAACACGACGUGGCUGUGUUGCAUCGUCUGUAGUCCCACGUCUACCUUCCCAGUCGAGUCAUUUCAGAAGAAACUCCUCCCGCUGUCCUCUGGAGUUCUGGAUUGUACAUCAUCUUCAUUCUUUCUUAUGUUUCGGUGUGUUUUCUUGAAGGGCUUAUGCAUAUGAAAAAAAAUUGUAUCUAUUUUAUUCUUAAUUUAAUUUUUAUUUUCUAUACUAAACUUCCAGAGACAGGAGUUGUUUUUCUUUUUGUCUUCAUUAGAUCCCAAAGUUUGGGAGAGCCAAUGUUGAAGAUGUACAUUUGAAUGUUUGGGGGGGGAACUGUAUCCUGUCUCGCUCUGCCUUUUUUUAUGUGUAAAGAAAAAAAAAGAUGUAAGAGAAGGAGCUGGAGAAACCCACCGCAAGGUUUACUUCGAGGAAGGAACUUUUACAUCAGUGCCAAAUCGCAUGAGGCUGUGCAUGGGCAUGCACGCCCGAAAUUACCUAGACGCACUAUGCUAAAGCCCUCCCAGCUCACGAGAGGGUUCAAUUAUUCCAGCAGUGUGAAGUAAACUAAAAGCAAACUUUAUAUUUCCUUUAGUUCAGAAUCAGAAGUUAUAGCAAUCGAGCUAAUGGUGUUAGCUGUCUGACGUUAGCAGUAGUGCUUUGAAACUCCUCAUGUUCUCAACGAAAGGUGAUGCUACACACUUCCAAAAUAUCAUCAGUCCCGUAUGGUUUGGAGCUUUUUACAGGUGCGUGUGUGUGUGUGUGUGUGUAUAAAUAUAUAUAUGCACACACACACGUACGUACACACACACACACACAUAUAUAUAUAUUUAUAUUUUGUGAGAUAUUAUUAAUCAAGGGACACGUUUCUUACAGAAAUCUCAGCAUUUAAAGGAUUGUCCGUUGGUGUUGUCAGUUGACGGCUUUACAGGCAAAGGCAAUAAUAUUUUAGAGAAAUAGCGAAGAUGUUGUUUUUUUCUCCUCCCCCUGUUCAGGAGGCGGCUGUGAGGGCGGGAAACAAUUUAUGUAUAAAAAUACUAUUAAAGCAGAAAAUGUUACUAUUGGUGUUUGUACAGUUCAGCUCUUGGAGUUCUGAUGUUGGCCUUACUGUCCAUUCCUCCUCUGUUGAUGUUUUUUCAGUUGUAUUCUGUACAAAAAUAUUUUGCAAUAAAUAUGGAACUGUUUUCUAAGGACUACA